GACAUAUUAUUUGAUUCUAAACAAUUCAAGAAACGGAGGUUAUGUUAUGUUAUUUUUAUACUAAACUACCCAUAACCAUGGAGUCUCUUAAGUCUCCACAUUCUACCUACAAAAACUCACAAAGCUGGACUGAUGAUUUACCAGUAUGUAAAAACACAGGUAUUGGAUUUUCUACUAAUCAAAUUUAUAGAGAAGAUGGAAGUCCUCAAGAAGAGCAUGGAUAUGAGGAUUGCAGUUGUCAUUUCAAAUUUAGUGAUUCUUUUUAUUGGUAUGCAGUUUUCGAUGGUCAUGAAGGCAAAAGAGCAGCUGAUUACUGUUGCCAAAGAAUGACAGCUGAAAUAUAUUUCUCUCAACUCACAGAAAAUAAAUCAGACGAAGAAGUUAAAGAAUUACUUAAUCAAGCUUUUCUCACUGUUGAAAAAGGCUAUAUGCAAAGUUUAGAAGAUGUAUUAGCCGAGAGAACUAGUCUUAUGUAUGAUAUACCUGAAGGAUUAAGUCAAUAUGAAGCUUAUCAAAAAGUUCCCCAUAUAGUUCAGAAUAUUAACAAAUUAAAUAACGAAUUAUCAUCAGGAACUGCUGCUGCGAUAGCUCUAAUUUAUAAUAAUAAAUUGUAUGUUGCAAAUGUUGGAAAUUGUAGAGUUUUAUUAUGUCAGACAGAUGCAAAUUCUGUACUUAAAGUAGUGCAAUUAAGUGUAGAUCAUGAUUUGAAAAAUGAAGAUGAGCUACUGAGACUGACACAGAUUGGAAUUAAUUUGAACAACUUAAGAAAAAGUACAAGACUAGGGAAUCAAGAAAACACCAGAUGCUUAGGAAACUAUAAUGUGAAAGGUGGAUACAAAGACUUUGAAGACUUAGCAAUGGCUAAACAAGAACCUAUAAUUUCCCAACCAGAUAUACACGGAGGAAUAAAAUUAGAUGAAUCAUCAAGAUUUCUUCUACUGAUGUCAGCCGGACUUUAUAAAUCUAUUGAGGAAGCAACAGGAACGGAUCAAGUUAAUAAAUACAUAGCUCAUUGUGUAGUUGAACAGUUUAGAGAACAAGCUACGUUGACUGGUGUAGCACAAGCAGUAGUUGAUAAAGCAGUCCGCCUUCAUCAUGACUGGUAUAUGUCAAAUUUCAUCAAUCACUCUGGUUCUCCAAAACGUGAGGAUAUUACAUUGGUCCUUAGAAAUUUCAAUUAUCAUUUACCAAAUGCUAUAACUUCCCCUACGACUCCAUCUGUUACUUUUAAUCCAAACGUUUCAACAAAUACUGUUUCUGAUAGAUACAGUUCAGCUAGUAGUGUUAGUACUGGAAAUAAUGAAAAGAGUAAUAGCACCAACAUUACCAAAACCAGUGAUACUUCAAGUAUUGAAGACACCAGAAUAGAUGACGGUAUUGGAGCUGAUCAAAAGAUUGAAGCUUACGUUGACUUUUCUGAUUUUUAUAGAAAUUACAACAAGGGUAAACUGAAUGGGACAUUACCUGAUAACUUUUAAUAGGGGGCUGAAAUAUGAUAAUAUAAUUUAGAUGAUGAGUACAAAAAUUUGAUAUCCAAGUAUCAAAAUGGAUGAGAUAAUGGUUGUACUGAUACAACAAUGAUAACAAAGAUAAAAUAACUUUUAUUCUUGAGAAAAUUUUUAUACAUUAAAUUGUUUGAAAACUAGAUUAUUUAUAAUCAAUGCUGGAUUUGAACUUUCUUUAGUCAACUAAAAAGACUUUUUGUUGCCAUUUUUUUCAGUUCAAAUAAUAAUAAAUGACUGGCAUAAAAAUGAAUUUUAGAUAGUUUAAAAUUGAUAAGUAAUAUAUUACUCUUCGUAAAUCCAAAUGAAAUAAAUUGUAGAUAAACUAAUAUAAAAUAGGAGAUCAUCGUCCUGUCUGAUAACCAAGGAACCAUUAGAGCUCUAAGCUCCAAUGUCAUAAAAUUUAGGAAUACCUGGACAAGCUAGGCAAGAAAAAUCAAGUUACCUUGCAAUGGCUACCGGGAAACAUUUGAGUGGAAGCAGAUAAACCCUUCAUAGGACCUGAACCCUUUUGUGGUAUCGGCUACAGAACAAUAGAGAAAUGAUAGGGAAAGAAGGUAGAUUGAGAUAAAACCAGUUACUAGGAAAAUUUAGAGGGGUUGAAACAAAGACACUCUAGGGAAGGUGUAACUAAAGAAAACCUGCUGAAUGUAUUAACUUAGGCAAGAGCCAAACUAUGCCUACUAACAAGGCUCCUCUCGGUGCACUGUCACCUCAAUGCACACUUGAAGAUACUAGACUUAUCAGAGAAUGCAGCAUGCAGAAUCGUAUGAAAUAGAAGUCGAAGAUCUUUGGCAGUUAGAGCCAUUCCACAAUCUAAGAUAAAUGGGAUUAAUAGAUCAGCUGUAUCUCGGUAAGAAAGGAAGAUACAAAAGAUCCUUUGGGUGGCAGUGUAUAAUGUACACAUUUUAUAUAAAUUAUAUUCAGUUUUUUGAUAUUAAAAAUAUGUUUGUUAUGAUCAAUCAAUAUUUUUAAAUAAAUUAAAGUCAUUUUACAAGAAAAUGAAGUCUAUGAUAGCAACUAUAGCACCUGUACAAAUCUUAGCAGUUUGGUUUAUCAUCAUUAUAAUCAUUGGUUUAUAAUACAUUCUUAGUUCUAUUAUUAUUGGAGCAAAUCAAAUUCAUAUAUCUUCAUAAUUUUCUAUCUUCGAUUAUGGCUUUUAUUAAGGGCUUUAUAGCAACGUGGGUUCCAUUUUAUAAUGUCGAGUACAAACGGCAAUCAAUCCGUAACGAGACACGAUUAUGAGAGAACGUAGGUGCUCACUCGUAUCAUCAUAACAUCAUCGGAAGAUUCGGAUAUUGAUACAGUUAUUUAUAAGUGAAAUUCAAAAUCGUUACAUAAAAUGUAUAAUGUUGUGAUGCCGAGGAUAAAGUGAUUACAAAGUGAAUGCAAAGGAUAGACGGAAGGAUAAAUAAAGAUGAAUGUCUCUGGCUGAAGAUUUAAAAUCAAUUCAUCCAGACUAUAAAAUGGAUCUCAAAAUGGAGAUCAUGGGAGUUUUGAAAAAAUACAAGCAUAUGUCUAACAGCUAUGCUCCAAACUAUGCAGUCAAUUAAUUCUUCAUAAAGUGUUUAUGACGAGAACAGUAACGCUGAAGAUACAAUUUAUAAUGAUUUUUUUUUCUAAAUAGUAAUUUCCUAAAUCCUGGUACUUACCACCUUUUAUUGUGAAAUAAUUUAAUUGUUACUGUAACACCACCGUUCUUUUGAUAAUUAGUGGGUAACUUUUAAUCAACCGAUUAAUAAUAAUAACGAAAUAUAAUUACUUAAACAUC